GGGCAUAUGCAGAGCUGUGGGGUGCGCUAAAAAUAUUUUACUGACGUGUGUUUUGUCAAAGUAUUCCGAAAAACAUUCUCAGUUUUUGUUUUUGUGACUAGAAAACGGCAAAAUUCUAUUCAUUUAUAGGUGAAAAGUACAAAAGAUCGAACGGUUUAGCCGUUUGAGAAAUAGAUAAAAAAGAAUUCAAUUUAAAAUCAAUGACUUGCCUUUAAAAUGCCUUUAUUUUGCAUAGAAUUUUUAAAUUUAUGAUAUAUUUUUGAUUAUAUGUACAUAUCUGUGUUGUCACGUCAAGUGGACGCGUAUGUGUAAAAAGUAAAUAAACUGAAAGUGAAAUCAGUGCGUAGUGCCACGCAUUUCAGAUUUUUUUUGACAAUUUUGGCAAAUUAAAUCAAUAAUUAAAACGAUAUUAAAUUUUUAUCAAAUUAACAAAUUCAUGACGAUAUGGCGUUGUCGUUGAACGAUAUGCUGCUUAUGGGGGGCGGCGAGAAGAAAUUAGCUGCGUGCAUUUUGUUAUUACUCUUGGAAUUAUUUUUGGAAGGAGCUGAAGCGGUGCCGAAUAAAGCUGACAUUGAAAAUCACUUAGAAAUGGGUAAAGACCUUUUAGCACGUGGACAACUUGCUGAUGCGUUAACUCAUUAUCAUGCUGCAGUGGAGGGCGAUCCCAAUAACUAUUUGACACUAUUUAAGCGUGGCACAGUUUACUUAGCUUUGGGAAAGACACGUUUUGCCAUACAAGACUUCACUAAAGUUUUGGAAUUGAAGCCAGAUUUUUUGGCUGCUCGGCUGCAACGUGGCACAGUUUAUUUGAAAACAGGAGAAUAUCAGUUAGCCUACAGAGACUUCGAAGACGUUUUAUCCGAAGAUCCUCAUAAUGCUGUUGCACAUGAACACUAUGGGCGUAUACCACCAGCUGAAGAACAAUGGGAAAUAAUUAAAGACUUAAUAUAUCGUGGAGAUCAUCAUAACGCUUUACAUAUGCUUACACAAUUGUUGGAAAUCUCACCAUGGUCAACAACAUUCCGACAAACUCGCGCUGAUCAGUACAUUGCCGUCAAUGAUAUGCUCUCAGCUAUUUCGGAUUUACGUUCAGUUAAUAAACUUUCACAGGACAGCACAGAAGGCUACUAUCAUAUAGCUGUGUUAUUGUAUAAAAUAGGACAUGCGACUAGUGCGCUUAAGGAAAUUCGGGAAUGUUUAAAAUUCGACCCAGAGCAUAAAGACUGUUUUCCAUUUUAUAAGAAAUUACGUAAAGUAGAAAAGGGACUAUCAACCGCUGAACAAGCGCGCGAUGAAAAACGAUAUCAAGACUGUAUAGCGGCUGCGGAAACAGCGCUGAAAAACGAAAAAGAAGAACAAAUGAUUAUUUUCGAAGCGAAGCGUUUGCUUUGUACGUGUUACGUUCAAGAUGAACAACACACUAAAGCCUUAACGCAUUGCAAAGACGCAAUUGAGAUAAUGCGCGAUGCGCAAGUACUCUGUGAUCGUGCCGAGGCAUACCUUGGCUCUGAAAUGUUCGAUGAUGCCAUACGCGAUUUUCAGGCUGCACUGGAAAUCGAUGAAAGUAUGCAACGUGCCAAAGAGGGUAUCGAAAAAGCUAAAAGACUGCAAAAACAAUCUGAACGUAGGGAUUAUUAUAAAAUACUGGGUGUGAAGCGUAAUGCUAGUAAACAGGAAAUCAUUAAAGCUUAUCGAAAAGCCGCACAGAAAUGGCAUCCCGAUAACUUUAGAGAUGAUGAGAAAAAAGUUGCGGAAAAGAAAUUUAUUGAUAUUGCAGCCGCCAAAGAAGUACUGACAGAUCCUGAGAAAAGAAAGCAAUUUGAUAAUGGAGAAGAUCCACUGGAUCCUGAAAGUAAUCAACAAGGCUUCCGUGGUGGUAAUCCAUUUGCACACUUCCAUCACGGAUCACCGUUCCAGUUUAAAUUUCACUUCAAUUAAAUGGCUUCAGGAUUUAUUAUUAAAUUUAGCUAAGUUAUUAACACUAACGGACCUAUUCUGUGCAUUUUACAGAUUUGU